UAGAGCAAUUUGAGUCGAAACGCCGAAUCGAGCAAACCGUCUUUCCGCUUGCCGGAUAAACGCGUACCGUUUUCCAUUCCAUAUCGACCACGGUAGACCACGGUUGUACCAAUGUCCGCGUGAACAAAAUAUCCGACACUUUCGUUUCACCUUAGGGGGGGUCAUAGUAACGGUAACUCAGUGAUAGGGCACUCCUGUUGGCCAAUAUCCGUAUAUCCAUCCAUUGGGGAUCGCGUUUUUACGAUUUUCUUCGUGACUUGUGCGAUUUUUCCCCCCAAAUUCGUGUGCUGUGCUGUGAGGUGUUCUUGGAAUCUGAAAAAAAAAUCUGAAAACGUUGGCAAAAAUAUCGUCGAGACGCCGAAAGAGCCAAAAUAUUAUAUAAGGCCCCAACCGGAUUUUAUUUAAUUAAUUACGCGGCUUGGAUAUAUACCGAAACAAAACACACACCGAUCCCCAUAUACAUAUGAAUGAUCGCCCGUCAAUUUAAUUUAAUCAAAAAGCAUAACUCAAAUUCAAUGAACAAAUAAAUUUGCGCAGCCCCGACUAUAGCCAAUAAAUCGAUCAAUAAAACGAAAUACAAUUCAAAAUUGAAGAAAAAAUAAUAGAAUCUGAGUGACUGUCAGUGGCAUCUGGCAACGCUUUCUAUAGCCAGCUUGUAACGGUUAUUCACGACAAUUUACUCACGCCCCUGGAUCGAGGCUGAGGCAGGAGCCACCACAUACUAUAUAGUCAGCCGGCAAGCAUGGGAAACUCAUCGUCACACACGCACGAACCACUCGAGCGCGGCUUCACACGCGGAAAAUUCGGUGACGUUAAAAAUGGGAAAUCCGCCUCCUUCCGGUUUAGCAAGAAAUCCCCCAAGAAAAUGGAUCGUCUGCGUCGCUCCUUUCGCGACUCCUUCCGGCGUCGCAAGGACCGCGUCCCCGAGUCCUCCAAGCCGCAUCAGUGGCAGGCCGACGAGGAGGCCGUGCGAUCGGCCACCUGCUCCUUUUCGGUCAAGUAUCUGGGCUGUGUCGAAGUCUUUGAGUCGCGUGGAAUGCAGGUCUGCGAAGAGGCCCUCAAGGUCCUAAGGAACUCGCGACGUCGUCCUGUCCGAGGACUGCUUCAUGUCAGUGGGGAUGGCCUGCGGGUGGUGGACGACGAGACCAAGGGCCUUAUUGUGGACCAGACCAUCGAGAAGGUCAGCUUCUGCGCUCCGGAUCGCAACCACGAACGCGGCUUCAGCUACAUUUGUCGGGACGGUACAACUCGGCGCUGGAUGUGCCAUGGCUUCCUGGCGUGCAAGGACUCUGGCGAGCGGCUGAGCCAUGCCGUGGGCUGUGCCUUUGCCGUUUGUCUGGAACGGAAGCAGCGGCGGGAUAAGGAGUGCGGCGUCACGAUGACCUUCGACACGAAGAACUCAACAUUCACACGGACCGGUUCCUUCCGGCAGCAGACGCUGACGGAGCGCCUGGCCAUGGCCACGGUGGGCACCAACGAGCGGAGCGUGGACGGGCCGGGGUCAGCGAUGCCGGGUCCGCCGGCGGCCACCGUCAAACCGUACAAUCCCUUCGCCAUUGAGCGGCCACACGCCACGCCCAACAUGCUGGAGCGCCAGAGCUCGUUCCGGCUGAGCACGAUCGGCAGCCAGUCGCCGUUCAAGCGCCAGAUGUCACUGCGCGUCAACGAUCUUCCGUCCAACGCCGAUCGCCAGAGGGCCUUCCUGGCCGCCGCUGCCGGGAAUCCGCUGCAGACACCGCUCCGCAGCGUUUCGCCCAUUGCCGAGGUCUCGCCAGCAAAGUCCGGAGCAGGCGCUGAUCCGUCUGCCGCCGCCGCCGUGGCCGCCGACUCCGUCAGCCAGCUGUGCCAGGAGCUCAGCCAGGGUCUCUCGCUGCUCAGCCAGUCAGACACCCUGAUGGCCACCGGCGACGACCUCAACUUCAACAACAAUCGCAGCAUCAACCAGAACAUCAUUGCCGCCGAGAAGCAGGUGCAGCAGCACUCUAUCUCGUACAGCGCCACGCCCACGGCGCAGGUGACGCCCCGGGUGGUCAGCACCACGCCCACCUACCAGACGCUCCACUCGCAGUCGCCCACCCGCUCGGAGCAGAACAUAGAAACCUCCACGGAGCUGCCCAACGCCGACCAAUGGCUGGGUCAGGUGGUGCGCAGCACUUCGCCGGCAGCGCCCAAGCGUCCCAGCUAUCUGGCCAAUGUGGGUCGCGCCCAGACCCUUGCCCCUGCAGCCGGUGGCGGUCCGGAUGAUCCGUUCGAUGCCGAGUGGGCGGCCAAUGUGGCGGCGGCCAAGCAACUCUCACCGGAUCUCCCGGUGGCCAGCACCUCCCGCUCGCCGCUGGCCAGGCACAGCACCAAUCCGUUCAUCUCACCGCCCAAGGCGCCGGCGCAGUCGUUCCAGGUGCAGCUCUAAAGGUCGCAACGCGGGGGUCACCAGGGGGACAAAAAGUGUGGUUCGCUUGAAAAAAACGCAACUUAGUUUAAAGUCCAGGCUGGAGGUGGAUGAGUGGAUGGAUGGAUGGAUGAAUGACGGAUGGCGGUUACAUCAGAGAAUUAGAGAUACUUAACGCAAACAUAACUAAUGUUGAAUUAUGAAUAGAAAACAGAAACCCACAUUAAAUACAGAUACUUAGACGCGUAAAGACACCCUUGAAUGGCGCUUAGCUCUAGGCCAGAUCCUAAAUUGACCAAGCUACCAAGUUACCCACAGUAAUAAAAAUCAAAUGGCACCUUAUCGACUUAAUCGUAAAUCCGAAAACAUGUAUUAUACUUUGGUAAAUGCCCUUCCAAUACUUGUUGAUCUAUAUCCUGCUAGGAAUAAUGAUUACAAAUACGUUGCUAUGUAGGAAACUCUAUGUCUUAGGGCUAAUUAUUAUUUUGUCAGUGUGUCAGUGUGCGGACUACCGUUUUAACAUCAAUUCUUAUUAUUUAAUUUAAUUUUUAAAAUUGUACAAAAUGUAUUAUACUUAACUUAUAAAUAUAAUUUAAAAAUGCAGAAAAAAAAAAUAAAUGAAUUCGAUAGCAUGAGUAACUUUAAACUAUUUAAGCUUACGAAUGAUGCAGCUAAAUGAAUCGCAACUAAUGAAAACCGAUAUAGUUAUAUUGAGAUCAAUAAACACACUUUAAUCGUAAAACUAUAACGUAAACAUUGUAAAAGACAGAUUACCGAAAAGCGAAAUACAUUCUCGUCUUGUGUACUUCACAGGAAAUGUAA